AUGGCGACUAUCGUUGGUGAACCCCAGGCCAGUUCAUCCAAGCCCGCCAAAAAGGUCAAGUUCUAUAUACCAGAUGAUGAUGAUGACGACGACGAUUUGGUGCUACUUCCCAGAGUCGUGGUUCCACAUCAACAGGGGAUCCUGCACAAGCUUCUACGUCCAACAGCACAAGGAGAGACGCCAAAGAAGAAAUGGUAUCAUAAGUUCGCACAGUUCUUCACUCGUAAGAGAGAGGCCUCUACAGAUAACCGUAAAUAG